UUUACUUCGUAUAUAUACCAUUAUAGAAUAUUAAUUCUUUUAAUAUUUUAAUCGUGAAUUAAUCGUUAGAUUUUAUUUUUUCUUUUUUUUGCCUUUCAUGUGAAAAUAAAACCGCGAGAAAGUUUUACUAUGAAUAAAUGAAAAUCUCUCGCGACGUAAUUCGAAUGUAAUACUUGAAUUAAUUUAUGAUUUAAUUAAUUAAUUAAUGAUUACAUCGAUUUCACGAUAAUCAAUAAAUAUUCUUCUGAAAUAGAAGAAGAAGAAGAUGACAAUCAUUAGUUAUAAACAUUGACGUUCGAUUAAAAAGAAAAAGAAACUUCAAUUUAAUUAAUUUAAUUAGAUAUUUGAAUCGUAUAAUUCACGUUUCUACGAUCAACUAUCCUAUCAACUAACUGUCAUUAUUGCGAAUAGAGAAAGUUAGUUUAAACGUAUGUUAAUUAUUCAUACCUAAACAUACUCGUGAAAGUUUCUAGUAUGAUCAUUCGAACUCUAGUUGUAUAUAUAUACAUAUGUAUGUGUAUGUGUAUGUGUAUGUGUUAACGUGUAACUGAUGUUUCUGAUAGUUCAAAUAUACUUUAGAUAAAAUGAUUAAAAUGAUCUAUGUAUUUCUAAAAGUCGUAAUUAAAUCUAUUAAUAUUUGAAGAAUCUUUAAAUCCAUUAAAAAUAAAUUAAUAGACAAAUAAAUUAUUCAAAUCUAUUACUGUCCUUUUAAUUGACAUAUAUUUUCUCGUUAAACGUUAAUUGAUUUAAACUAAUUAACCUCGUGCAAUAAUAUACGUGGUAUGUUAAAAGAAAAAAAAACAAAAAAAAAAAAAAACAAAACAGGAAGAAAUAAAACGAAACGAAAGAGAUAUAUACGAAGGCGUGACGAUGCUAUAAAUUACGUGACAAACAGACAGAGAGAGAGAGAGAGAGAGAGAGAGAGAGAGAGAGAGAGAGAGAGAGAGAGAGAGAGAGAGAGAGAUGCUUUUUUAAUUCGUUUAAUUUCACUGAGACACGCUCGCAAAAGAGAGUUUUCGAGAGUUUUAUAUAUCGCCUUUGCUGUCAGAGACUAUUCGAAUCAAUUGCGUAGGUCAAGUGGUAUCGUUUGCAAAGUAUUAUUACGUCUAACGUCGUUCAUAUUUAUAGUUCGUUAAAAGACAAUGAAUGUUUAAUCGAUAUGUUUGUUGACUAUAUAUAUAAAGAUUUUGUAUUUCAUUAUCUAAUCUUAUACGGUAUAUAAGAAAAUAAAAUAAAAUGAAAAAAGAAAAAAAAUAUAUAUAUAUAUAUAUAUUUUAAUAUAAUUGAUAUAUCGUCAAAGCUAUAUAUACUUUCAUUCUCAUAUAUUUUUAAUUCACAUAUUUUUCAUUUCACUUUGUUCUCUUUGAAUGAUUUUUCAUAUGAAAAAGCUUUGCGAAAAGAUUUUACGAAACAACAGGAUUAAUGUGGAAAGUGUGAUGAGAAUGAGUGAUCGAAAAAUAAAAAAAAGAAAAAGAAUAAUAAUAAAACAAGAAAAAGAAUAAAAAGAAAAUAUAAGAAAAAUAUAGAAAGGCGAGAAGUAAUCGCGAAUGUUUGUAAUAAACACAUACGGAGAUCACGUCAAUUAACGUAUAAAGACAUUUACAUAUAUACGUGAUGUACGUCUACAAGGACGAUAAUGUUUAUAAACGGUUAUGAGAGAAGAAGGUUUAUUACGAGUGUCAGUACUACGUAGACAAUCGAACGAUACGGACCUAGACGACUUACAUAGUAAUUAUUUAUUUACGACGACGAAGAACACGAAGAGGAAGAUGACGACAAUGACGACGUAGUUAAAGGAAUCAUCAUCGUAAAGAAAGCUUUCGUUAUAUUUGUUAAAAAACAUAGAUAUCAAAGGAAUUGAAAAUAUGCGGUGGUAUAAGCAGCGGAGGGGAGGUUUGUUGUUCAGCCGACAUGGAAUUACGAUUACAAGCAAGGGCACGAGACAAGCACGAGAAAGAAACCAAGGAUACACUUCAGCGACUCCAUCAGCUCUUGUCCACUCGUGGAAAUAGAUUUCAUAGUUUCUUCAAGGAACUCUUGGCGACCAGCAAGAGAGGCUUCCACGAGAUGUUUAAGAAAACUUAUGGGAUUUUGUAUGAACAAAAUGCUUACGUCUUCACGGAUCUAUUCAAAGAACUUGAGAAUUAUUAUGCUAAGGGAACGGUCAAUCUGGAUGACACGAUGGACAAUUUCUUCAAUACGCUUUAUCAAAAGAUGUUCACCGUGUUGAACAGUCAAUAUAAGUUUGACGAUAAGUAUUUGGAAUGCGUGGGCGAUCACAUGAAGGAAAUGAGACCGUUCGGGGAUGUACCACAAAAACUCAGCGUUCAAAUAAAAAGAUCUUUCGUUUCUACUAGAGCCUUCAGUCAAGCAUUAACAGUAGCUGCUGACGUUUUGAAGAACAUGCAAACGUUGAAAUCAUCACCAGAAUGUGCUGCGGCGUUGACAAGAAUGACGGCCUGUCUCUCAUGCAGCGGUAUAACAGGGAAGGUGUUGGCUUGCGACGACAUGUGUACUAACGUAAUGAAGGGGUGUUUAGCACAGCACGUGGCGCUUGACGGCGAAUGGAAUCAAUUUGUCGAGGCCUUCGAUAAAGUAGCCGAUCGUUUGCUCGGCCCGUUCAACAUAGAGAUGUUGAUGAAACCAAUAAACUUGAAGAUAUCGGAAGCGAUAAUGAACUUCCAAGAGAGCAGUAGCGACGUCUCGCAAAGGAUAUUUACCGGUUGCGGACGUCCUGUCUUGGGUAGACGAAGACGAAGAGAUAACAGAGAGUUGGAACUAGAAUCUUUGAACUUCGAUCAGGAAACGUCGGCCGAGGAUCGUUCCUCGACCGCCGCGAUACUGGACAAGCUCGUCAAGGAGAUAAGACAGAGGGUGAGAGAUUCUCGACAGUUCUGGGUCUAUCUACCUUAUCAGUUAUGCAAUGACGGUUUAGUACAACCACCUAGCAAUACAAAGGAAUGUUGGAACGGCACGCAUGUCGAUAAAUAUAUAUAUCCCGUAUCAUCGGACGGUGAGACGCAACCAUUAAAUCCGGAAGUACGAAGUAGCGGACCAAGGCCUACGAUCGUUAGAGAUCAAAUAUUUGCAUUAACAACGAUAACGAACAGGCUUAGAUCUGCAUUCAAUGGUCAAGAUGUUGAUUGGAUAGAUACAGAGGAAACGUGGUACGGAUCGGGAAGUGGAUCCGGUGACGGUUCGGGUGGUAUAGACAACGAGAAUCAUUUCGAGGAAGGAUCAGGUUACGGUGGUGAUCAUUCAUCCCCGGAACAACCAACGAAACAGGCAACACCUAAUAAAGGUCCAGAAGAGGUACCAACAGGCGGGAAGACGGACACGGAGACCAAGCCAAAUAUCAAUGACAACGUUAAGAAACACGGUGGCAAUAAUGCAACGUCUACGGUAGACGUUAGUGGAGCUAGCAGACAAAAAAUAUCAUUGUCGCGUGCACUAACAACGUAUUUGGUGCCGAUUGUCGUUAUGUGGUUUGGUGGAUGUCUAACCGAGUGGCUGUGAUCAUCAUAUUCGGCAUUAUUAUUAUUAUUAUCAUCAUCGAUUCGGUAGAUUGUGUACUACAAGUGUAAAUAAUCUUCUCUCCUCUCAUGUAUGUGUUCGUGGGAGAACGGUAAAAACUCUUUUUCAUUCGAUGAACGACGAUAUUACUCCCUGUCCACUCCUGCCCCCCCCCCCUCCUCCCCCCCCCUCCCGCCUAUCCCCAUUGAUCAACAAUAACAACAAUAACAACAACCAGCAGAAGAACAAUCCUGUCACCUGUCUGAUCGAUCUUUCUAUAUCCCUUUAACCAACAACCAAGCUGCCUACGUGAAACUGAUGAUACUCCUUGAGUGACGAAAAAAUUUCGUGAAUAUUCGUUGAUAAUUCGACGAUGAUGAAACGAGUGAAGUGUGAGUUUUUCUUUCUCUCGUUUCUUUUCUUUUCUUUCUUUUUUUUUUUUCUUCCCCUUUUUUUCUGGACUACGAUCCUAGGAGACACUCGUGAAACGAUAGUCUCUCUAUGUAUAUUUAUAUAUAUAUAUAUAUGCAUAUUCUGUAUAUGUAUAUAUAUAUACAGACAUUCACAUUCAUGAUCGAUCGAUCGAUCGAUCUAUAUCUCUUUUGAGAGUCUCUUACUUUAUGUUACAAGAGUGUACUUCGAUCAAAUGUACUAUUCAUACAUAUACCACUUUGUAUUGUAAAUCGUGUAAAGCAGCCUCUGAUCGAACCCGAAUGAAUAUGUAUGUAUACGAAUUUAAUGUCUCGCGAUGGCAUUGAACUCUCCAAAACGCGAGUCUAUUAUUAUUACUACUACUAUUACUACUACUAUUACUAUUACUAUUAUUACUGGCUAUUACAACUGCUAUUACUACUACUACUACUACUACUACCUACUACUUGACAGAUCUGAAGUGUUUUUUUUUCUUUUCUUUUUUCUCAGGGGAGGUUUUUUCUUUUUUUUCUUUUUUUUUUUCCUUUUUUUUUUUAGAGAUUUUAUCUCCCUCGCUGCUUCCUCCAUCCAUCCUCCCCCCAUCCCUACCCCAACUCCCUUUCCUCCCCACGUCGAGCUUUGUUAACUAAUACCACGGGAUUGACCGAAUAUAAUUUCAUCGAGUUAGAAAUUCGAAAGAGAAUGUGUUACAAGAGGAAAUAAAGGAGAAACUUUUUCAUACUUACAUAUAUUACAUAUUAUUAUUAUUAUUAUUAUUAUUAUUAUUAUUAUUAUUAUUAUUUUUCUUUUUUCUUUUUAUUUUUAUUCACUUUCUUUCUCUUUCCUUUUUUCUAUCUCCUACUCACUCUUCUUCUUCUUUUAUUUUCUUUUUGUUUCUCUCUUUUUUUUUCUUUUUUUCUUUUUUUUUUUUUAACAAAAGUCCGCUAAUUAUGCUUAUAACUAGCGUGUGUGUUUUCUCUCUUCUUUUUUUGUUUGGUUUUUUUCUUUCACUCUCUCUCUCUCUCUCUCUCUCUCUCUCUCUCUCUCUCUCUCUCUCUCUCUCUCUCUCUCUCUCUCUCUCUCCUUGUGUCGCUGACGUAAAAAAAAAACGCGUCGCAUCGAA